CGCGCGGGGGGUUGAAUCGCCUUGAAUCGCGCACCGAUACUCCCUAAACGUCGACGAAGAACGACGCGACGCCGCCACGAUCCGCGAGUUCUUCCUUCCUACAGCUGCUUGCCUUCGAUUCCCCUUUCAAUUCAAUUAGAAUUUUCCGCUGCAAGCCGCCCGUGCAACGCGCCAAAACGAUUCUCGCCUGCCACAGUGGAUUGCCUGUAUAUUUUUGUUUCUCUAGUUUCUUUAGUGCAGUAGUGCAGUUUACGCGAGAUCAAACACGUUUGGUGAUGCCAGCACGCGAACCGGGACAGUGUACGUGUCCAUUUUUUGGAGAGUUUGCAGCCCCUGAAACCAGUUUCUGCAGCUUAGUGCUUGGUGAACGUGAUGAUCAGGAUUUUUGGUGAACUUUGGCCAAGCAUCGGUUCGAUGGCGGUGGUCGUUGGAAUAUUUACCAUGGAUUGAACUGGACUAAUUGUUUGCUGACGUUGAUUGCAAGACUGCAUUUAGGACGAAAAGUACAGAUUGCAGAGCCGUAGAGUAAUCGAAGACGUUUAUAUCUGUUGUCAGAUAGACGUUGAUAUGUACUGCGGAUUGAACUGGAUGUUGAGAAGUAAUUGGUCGAUGAGUUGGUUACAAUGUCGCCUGGACUUCUGCAAGAUAUAGAACGUAGAGUUAUUGAAGACGUUUAUGUCGGUCAUCUGAUAAAUGGCAUCUUAUUGUGCAGUUGUAAGAUGUAGAGUAAUUAAGGGCACUUACACCGGCGAAUGGAAUGUUUCUAUGCGGAUUUCUAAAAUGAGAUAGAAGAAGAUACCAGGGCUUUUCGAAUGGUCAAGAUCUUCAACGUUGAAUUGCCACUCGUCGAUCGUCGAACAAAUAACAUGAAAACAAACUAAUAAAGUGAGAAAAAAUAAAAACACUUAGAGUUAAAAAUUCAAACGAAUGAAAUCAAGCUUAACGGUAUUAAACUUACAUGAUUGAUAUAUAUAUAUAACUUUUUAAAGAAAACUUCGCCAACUAUGUAACAAACAAGCAACUUUCAAUACAAAUAAUCGAAGUUCGAUAGCUGAAAAGUUGCUCAUUUUGGUAAAAAUGCAGUCCACUUGUCAGCAACAACAGGCCCAGCCAGGUCAGAAUGGAACUUCCGCGAGCAGAACAUCGUUUUUGAUAGAAGAUAUCCUGAGUCGUGGAACCGCUCCACCGCAUUCUCAUCAUCAACUUCAUCAUCAGCACCUGACGUCCAGUCACGGAGUACAACAUCAGCAAUACCAGCAAUUCGCCAGUUUAUUACCUGGUUAUCCUUCUGCACCGCCUACGGCAACCUUCUUCCUGGGACCACUUUUUGGUAACACGGCGAUGGGGGUUGGCGUGGUACCGGGAGUUACUGAACUUGCGGCCUUGAAGCACUGCCGUCGACGAAAGGCACGAACAGUGUUCAGUGAUCAACAAUUAGCGGGUUUGGAAGCUAGAUUCGAGGUGCAGAGGUACCUGAGUACACCGGAGAGGGUAGAGCUCGCGGCGGCUCUUCACCUCUCGGAGACCCAAGUGAAAACGUGGUUUCAAAAUCGGCGGAUGAAGCACAAGAAACAAUUGAGGAAAUUGAACACCAGCGCCGGAAGCAAUGGCAACCAGAAUUCUAAUCAGCAAUGCACCGGUCAAUCCGUUUCCGUUACAUCGCCUGCCGAACGACCGGUGGAUUUCUCUCUGAGCGGCGGGCGAGAAUCACGGGCGAGCAGUGACGCGCCGGUAGACUCCGACGACGAUGAAAUCGACGUUCUAGGUGACGAGACGCCAUCGCCAACGCGAACAGGCAAUAUUCACGUCUCUAGGCGUGCCGGUUCACCGACGAGUUUUCAUCAGAUCACGUAUCGUCAUUCGGUUAGCCUGUCUCAUCAACCCCAACACGGACAAGCUAUUCAACGCCAACAUCGCUGAAACGAAACAGUACAAGGUUGAUAUUGCUCUUUCACACGGGAGAACGUUUAAUAUGAGCUGGCAAAUGCAGACAUUGCAUCGAAGAACGAGAAACCGAGUGAUCGGUCUGAGAAAUUGAAGGAAGAUUUGAGAAGGGAGAACCGAGAGAAAUCACGUGGAUUUUUCUAAACGCUCGAAUCGUUUCUCUCAAAGUGCAGUCAAUCGGUUUAAACAACUGUUAGGAAGUCCUUCGGGAAAUACGAAGAUCCGCAAUGCGAUUUCGAAAGAAUUUCCUCGACGACAUUUUCCAUUAAUUGUGAAAUUUUAUUUAUCGGAGCAAAAUGUUUCUACAGAUUGAUUUAGACAAUUUGAAUAUUUUCAUUUAAGGAACGAGAACAAUUGACGAUUCUAAACCACCUAGAUCCGACGAUGGAUGAUAAAAGUAAUACUGUCUCGCUUAUAGAACAAGAUUGUUAGGAGGGACCCUUCAUUUUGAACCAGUGACUAAUAGAACAAUGUGAAAGAACGUGAAAGAAAUACGAACGACACUUACAGUGUUAAGAAUGAAUUUGUGAUUGAAGGAAUAGUGUACAAUGAAAUGGUGUAAUAUAAGAAGAUCGAAAGACUCGAGACGAUGUAGAAAGUGUAAACGACUUGUAAAUGACUCUUUAGCGAUUAGAGUCUGGUCGAUCUCUCGCGACACUUUUUAUAGCGAAAUGCCAUAAUAAAGCUAGUCUGUUUCGAGUCACUUUUUAUAGCGAAGUAGAAAGUUAGCUUGUGAUUCAAGUUGGGAUUAAAAUGUCAUGAUGUAACGCGAUGUAUAAUAUCACUUCCUCCCUUUCCCCAGUUAGAAGUCCUUUUUAUAGUUACGAUUCGAUUCAGUGUUACUUGUUUAAAGACAGGAAGAUCACAUUUUACGAUCACGCGUUGUCAUUUGAACGGGUGUGAUUUAUUUAAAAAGAAAAGAGGAAGAAAAAGGUUUGUACAGAUUCGUUAUUUUUCCUUCUCCUUGGCUAAAUUUUCUUAAAGUUACAUAUUACAAUUCGUAUAACUUUUAUUUAUUUAAAAUAAGCGUCAUUUAUUUGGAAGAAGAGAGAAGGAAAGAAGAGGAAAUACUGUCGUAUAAAAUCAUGCAGUUUCUUUUUUAAAAUUCUAUAUUUUUUUUAUUUAAAGUAAGUAAAGCGAAGAGUUAAAAGAUAGACGGACUAAUUUUCAAAUUAGAUUUGGCGCGUUCCUAUAGACGACAGAUAAGUAUCGUAAUUGACAUUUAUAGGUUGUCGCGGGUCAUGAACGACGAGGUCGCCUUUCGUGCAACAUUAUCAUUCCGCUAAUUGACAGCCUGACAUUUUCUGCCCGUCGUUUGGGACAUUUUCGAGGCUUAACGCACUCCACGAGCUAAAGAAGCAGUUAAUCUCGGCUUAAUUCCGUGAAUUAAACCGUGAAUCAUGUUUCAUCCCCCGACUGAGCUUCCUUACAAAACUCCUGUACAAAAUUAGACGCGUAAGCCGCGUUCAGUUGAAUCUUUUUAACGACGUUCCGUUUAAAAGCAAAAGCUAAAAACCGGCCAUAAGCGAAAAAAUAGAAGAUAAGAAGAAAUCAUUAUAAAAUUUUCAGAACCUUAAACACCCCUCAGAAUCGACGUACAAUGAGUCACCGAUCCUAGAAAUCUCAAAGCCGAAACCCUCCACAUAAGUAAUAAAAAGAAGAAAAAAAACAAAACAAGAAGAAAAAGAAGAAAAAUAAAAAGAAGAGAUUAGAAAAUUUUCAGAAGCUGAGAAAAUUCUUCAUCCGCAAACCACCGAACUCGGAGAUUCUGAAACUACAAACUCCGAAAACCAAAAAGGCAAGAUUAAAAAGUUUCCACCUAAUCGAAACAUGACAUUUCUUCGCGGAAGAUACGUAAAUUAUCUAUCCUAGAAAGCUUAAUACCGAAAUGCCGCGAGAGAACAAGUAAUGAAAAAUAAAAAGAAAAGAUAAAUUUCCAGAAUCUCCGAACAUUGUGCGGCAGACGUAUAAAUCCAACAGAUCCAGGAGAUCGAUGUCGAAAUGGACGAGGGACAAAUGCCAAGGACAAGGACUUUGCCACGACCGUCUUUUGCUACCUGUUGCCGAACGUUAGAGGUCGCGAUCGUGUCUAGAAAGAAAGAAAAGGGGGAUAUCGCGAGCUGACAGUCCCGGAGCGUUUCCGGCUGAGCACGAAGGCAUAGGCGGAGUCUGCGGAACACGUCGUGCUGCUCCCAGUUGGGGUGAAUCCUAAUACCCAGAUAAUGGGAAGUAAUUGCGAGGGAUCAGAGCCAGAGCGAGCAGAGUUACUCUCUCACUCUCUUUCUCUCUCUACCUCUAUCUCUCUCUCUCUCUCUCUCUUUCUGGAUUCAGGAGCGUGUAUAGAGAGAGGGUGGAGGUGUCGGCGUUCUCAUCCCCUUGCGGCGCCGGAGAUUCGUGGGGGUGGAUGAAAAGGACGGUCCAACAGACGCGCACGCACACACAUUGCCAAGCAGAGGGGUGAGAAGAGAGGUGAGAGAGGCAGAGACAUGGAGGAACCAGAGGAUGCGAGAGAGACAGAGACCUAUAAUCAUAUUACCCAGGCUAAAUCACGCUGCAUAUUCUCAAAUACGGAUCUACGAUGGAUCAUGGUGUUUUGUAACGGAAAAAACACUUGUGCAACGAUAUUCCGUUGAUUGUUUGUAUGUGGACGAUGGAAGACGGUGUUUUGCUGGAGAUCGCUCUUUUGGGAAUGUUGGAUCACUUCUUGCUAUAUAUUUUCGUGGAUUAUAAUUCUGGAAAUUUUGCUAUUGGCUGUAUGAAUUUUUCUUUUUCUUCUUUUCUUUUUUUAGGAAAUUUAUUCUGCUCUGUCGGUUCUUUUCGUUUAGCUUCGUUUGGUCGCUCUGAAUGAUCGUCUAAGACCUUUGCACAGUAUCGUAGGCUGGUUGGUUACAUAAGCCGAUAAUUCGAGGAGAAAGUUUGCUCCUUUGAUACAAUUAAAGCGUACUUGCUUGGAAUUCGAUAGGUAAGUGGCAUUUUAGAGAUGUGAAACGCAGGCGAGAAAUGUUUAGGUAGGUUUUAUAGGGUGAUUGCAACUGUAUCGAAAAAGAAGAAAAUUCUCGGAUGAAAUCUCUCUUACAAAUAUGAUAUUUGUACGGCAAGAAAUAUUAGGUAAGAGAAAAUACUUUUACCGAUAAUGUUAUUUCUCAUUCCUUUCCUUUGCCGCUUCAUCGACACGUUCAGCAAGGGUCAAGCGUCAAAACCUUUCAUCACACCUUCUCCUGACAUACACCCUCGUUCAAGAUAUGAAGAAUAAAGGCACGUAUUCUAUCACAGAAAAU